AUGAGGGAAGAGCCAAGAAUACCGGUAGCCAAUCUACCGGGGCGGUCUCCGCCGGAACGUUCCUCUGCUUGCCUCGAUGGACUUCGCGGUGUCGCCUGUCUUAUGGUCUAUCUAUCUCAUCAACACCCUUGGUGGUAUCGCGAAGAUAACCUCCAUGAAGGAUUUGGAUAUCACGGCCAAACGGCAUUUGCAACCUUCCCCUUCAUCCGCAGCCUUUUCAACGGUGGCAAUGCAGCGGUUGCUAUCUUCUUCGUCCUCUCGGGUUAUGUGCUUAGCGCGGGUCCACUUCAACUUAUCCGCGAUGGAGACACUGCAGCAGCGCAUCGCAGGUUGAUCUCUGCGUUUAUUCGGCGUCCUUUCCGGCUGUAUAUUCCUGCGUUAAGCAUCGCGCUUGCGUUUGUCUUUGUUAUGCAUCUGCCGUUUGGACUCGCUCCAACCUUGGAAUUUCCGGUGCCUAAAGAGAGUUUUCUUUUGGAAUUACAGAACUGGAUCUGGCAGACCGCUUUAUGGAUGAAUCCUUUCGCCUCUCCGGAGACCUUUGCACGAGGGUACCUAUACCUCCCCCCAGCUUGGACAAUGCCAGUUGAAUACGAAGGCUCCUUGCUAGUAUAUUUUAUGCUGGCCGUGGCGACGUUUAUCCCACGAUAUCGAUUGAGUCUUUUCAGCGUUGCCGGUAUUAUCCUUUUCUCGGUUAAAAAAUGGUCCAUGGCUUGUUUUAUGGGUGGUGUGGUUCUGGCCAUAAAUGAUCUGGAUGGCAUCGACCGUGCUUUGCUCAAGCAGUUCUCGAAGCAGGGGGUAAAAGCGACCUUGAACGUAUUGUUCAUUUUGUCAUGGUGGCUUCUAUGUCAACCGGCGAAUAAACGCGACGAUCCCGAACUUUCUUAUAAUACGCCCGGUUGGUAUUACUUGACGAUGGUCUUUACUCCGCGGAAUUACUUUGAGGACGAGUAUUGGCGCUUUUACAACACCCUCGGCGCCAUAAUUCUCGUCUACACUGUCCUUAGGCUUAAAUGGCUGCAGUCCUUUUUCCUGACGAAGCGGCUAAAAUACCUUGGACGUAUUAGCUUUUCGCUUUACCUCCUUCAUAUUCCUUUCCUUUUUACCGUUGGAGACCGUGUCGAACGCAUGUUUGGCGGUAUCCGAGGGCAAUUUUCGACUUGGUACGAUUAUAAACUUGCAAUACCAGAUAUUGGGCCUAUCGGGUUUUCGACGGGUUUUCUGGCUUCGCAGGCGGUUAUCCUGCCAUUAAAUAUGCUCCUUGCGGAGUUGUGCACAAGAUAUUUGGACGAGCCGAGUAUUAGGGUCGCGCGUGCUAUUGCUGCCCGAUGGGGGUACGCCGGCACUUAA